CAUACAUAAGCAUUGCUCCACCCUGUCAAAAUGUCUCCCACACCAACAAACUCCUGUAGUGACAGUAGUGCAUCAUCACAGCGCAACGACGGUGAACGUUCUUCACAGGCUCACUCAGCGCAGACUGCUGCGAGUAGUACUCGAACCCGCGGGUCAAGGACACAAACCAAAUGGCCAGAAGACAAGUUGACUGCAACUGGACUUGAUGAAAAAUUUUGGCCUACCCCAGAUGCUGCAAGGGAAAGAUUUGUAUUGGUCUGUGGCCUCAUUGCUCGGGAGAGGGUGUCAAUCAACAGGAAGCUUGAGGAUCUGUCACCAGUUGAGAAGGAACAGCUAUUCGAAGCAUUGCUGGAAAAGCUAGAGUACCCAGCCAAUCUGGAACCAACUGUUCGCAACAAGGCAAUUAAGGCAGCUAUGUCAGAGAUUGCAACCUUGCAACGGCGGUUCAAGGCCCAUUUAAGAAGAAAUUAUGUGAGGCAGGAGGAGUCUCCCUUUGAGAAGCAUGGCUUUUUGAAGCCAGAAGACUGGGAGGUGUUUGUGCAGGAAACCAAUUCUCCUUUUUUUCAGCGAGUGAGCCAGGAGAUGAAAGAUAAGAGAGCAUUGCAUAAUAAGCCACACAAGACGGGAAGAAAAGGUUAUCAUGGUAAAAGGAAAGAGUGGGAGGAGGAGGAUGCAAAGCUAGCUAGAGAAGGAAAAGAGAACCCUUGGGACCAAUUUCCUGGACGUUCGAGGUCAUAUCUGCGGGCAAGGGCGGCGAAGAGGAUGACCACUAGUGAAGGCACUAGUGAAGGAAGCGGGGACAUAACAUUCAGUAACCCUGCGGUGGUGGGGCUAGCAAAUAAGGUGAAAGACCUUGCAUCUAAGGCUAGUGAUGGUUCUUUCACUGGGGUUAGGGAGAAUGAUAUCCUCACCGCGGCACUUGAGAAUCCAGAGCAUCGAGGUCGGGUCCGAGGCGUGUCUAGUUCAGUUGGCUGGGGUAAAGGGUUUGGUGAAGAGUUUGCUGGAAUGUACAGGAAGAAGAGGAAGAAGACGAAGGAGAGGUCUGAUGCGGAGAAGGAAAAGAUAGUUGGUGAAACAGCCAUCAGAGUAAUCAACAUGCUAAGACAAGCAGGCGUGGUUAUACCGGAUGCUUUGUGUCCUACCCAACCAACACACACCGGUAGCAGCGAGCAAGAAGAUGCGAGUGUCAGUGCGGAAGAAGAUGUGCGUGGCAGCGGGGAAGACCAUGGGCCAUUCAACGAGAACGAAGCUGACAGUCGAUCAUCUAUGCUGGACACAAUAGAUAAGCUGACAGAGCCAACCAAGUGCAGCCUUUUGGAUGGCACCGGGCAUAACUUGGAGCUCGCAGUAGCCACUGUCUAUCCAUAUCAAGAGACUUGCCAUUGUGUACCGGUGCAGGAAGGGUAUGCAGUGGUGCAACCUACUUAUGUGUGGUCCAAUACGAGUCACUUCCGUCUGCCUGUGCCAGUAGGGGGGGAUGAGAUAACAACCUUAGGUGAGGCUCUCGGUACAAGGAUCCAAUGGUCAAAGCAUAGGAUCCUUAUACCACCCAGGACGAGACAGCCCAACUCUGGAACCGCAUCAGGUAGCAGGGGUACAGCAUCAGAUGCAGAAGCGGAUUUAGAUGCUGCUGGACCAAAUUGUGCCAGGUUGCAUGCUUACGUCAUGGAAAACAGUAAGGAUAAACUUGGCUUUCCAGCAAAGGUGCCUCAAGCCUACUUUGAAGGUGAUGGUGAUUUAAUGUUAAACAUUGCAUUCGAUGACGUGUACGACCUUAUAACCCUAGGUGCUCUGGAUGUUAGCUUCUUGAGGUUGUGGACAUUGUAA